AUGCGUGUCAAGGAUCCCAGAUUCGUUUACAAAGAUCGAGUCAGAAAAUUUUCUCAUAUUCUCCCCAAUACUUGGAAAAGUCAAGUUGCUGAAUGGUUCGCUGAGGAUUGUGAAUCGCUUGAUUGCGCCGAAUCGUUGACUGGAGACGAGGAGAAGACGGCCACACUUUACGGAAAAUCGCCGGGAAUUCUAGCUGGCGCGCCAUUUUUCCAGGAGGUCUUCAACUACGUUGGAUGUAAAGUAGAAUGGCUCAAAGAGGAAGGCUGUGGCACUCAUGAUAAUGGCGUAACCAUAGCCCUCGCAACUGUAACGGGACCGCUUCGAAAAAUUCUCCGUGGUAAAAGAAUCGCCCUUAAUGUGUUGAGCCGAUGCUCUUCCAUUGCUACGCAGACAGAUAAAAUGAUUAGUAUCGCACGAAACGCAGGGUUUAAAGGCAGCUUGGCUGGAACACGCGAAACAACUCCUGGCUUUAGGCUUGUGGAAAAAUACGGCCUAAUCAUCGGCGGCGCUGAUGCUCAUCGUUUUGACCUCUCGAAUUUGACAGUCGUAAAACCCCCCGAAAACCUUGAUUCCUGGAGUGUAACUUGCUUCAUGAAGCGAAUUAGAGAUGUCUGCGGCCCUAAUCAUAAUAUAGCCGUAGAGGUGAGCAGUGAAAUCGCUGCCCAUCACGCCAUAGAUGGUGGGGCCGACAUUAUCGUGUUAAACCCUCAAAAGAUUAAGAAUUUCAAGCUCGUGGCUUGGCAUCUUCAAGAUGUCCGACAUAAUAAAUUUAAAUUUAUCGUUGAAUGCACUGGUAACAUCACCCCAGAGAAUAUUACAUCCUUUGUUAGCCGAGAUAUCUCUAUUCUUACGACAAGCUCGCUGCACAAGGGCGUACCACAUGUGGAGUUCUCCCUCAAGCUUAAUGAGUGA